CUCAACACAAGAUCAAACAAUAACGUCUAACAAUUCAGAUCGCAUGGAUAACAGCGAGCCCAGAGAAGUUUUCAUCGUUGCAUCGGCUCCUUCCGCGAGUUGUCCUCACGUCGGGGAAGAUGUCGGGCAGCAACAAAUAGGUUUGACUCGACACUGUCUCCCCCCGGGGGCUUCGGAUUCACAUAUGGUACCCUCACAUCAACAUCCAGCUAUUGACGUAUCUCAGUCCAGCGGUGUCCUUCCAAGGCUCCAAACCACCUGUACGCCUGUUCACAGGAGUUACUCUGAAUCCUUACCUCUCCUCAAAGAAAUGACUCCUUCUUUGAAUCUGCGCGGCAACAACUGUGGGCAUAUUUACUGUCGGACAGAUAAGACCGAUCAAGAAUUCGAAAGCAAAUAUACAUUCGCCUGCAAUCGACCCGUGCGGGAACAGCAGUGCAAUGCGGUCCCCGCUGUUUGCCGAGGGGCCAGCGGUGGAGAAGGUGGCGACCAUCAGCCUCCGUCCUCCAGAUGCAGCUGCGUCUUCUCCUCUAGAGCAGCAAUCAAAAGUCAGGCUCUUGAGGACAAAUGUCAUUUUCCCAAAUGCAACAGGCCACUCUGUUAUGACUCGUACGUUCACCAUGCUAACUCCGAGGACACAUUUGCCGCCUACUGUCACCCGCAGCCAAUCCCGGCAACUUCCCAGCUGCUGCCAAAUGCGCCAGUGGCGGAACGAAGCUGUGACGUGCAACGUGCGUUUGUAUCUCCUACGAUGACAAACCACCUGACGCUGCCUCGCCUGAUCUCUUCUGUCAGUGAGACAGGCCUGGACGCGAAACAUUUGCUGCGAUGUUGCGACCUCAACUGCUCUUGGGUCAGCUCUCUGCCCCCUGGUGGUGCGCCACAAUCCCCAAAACCCUUCAGUGGAGCUGUUUGCUGCAACCAUCCUAUCACGAGAGCCACGACUCGCGACGUCAGCACACUGACCGCACCGAGGGAACUGACGACAGUUGGGGUGCAGACGGAACAAAGUGCUACGCCUCACGUGUUCCCACAGGUCUGUCUUACGGGAAAAAGCAAAAGGGAAACCUCCAGCAGCCCAACUCCUCCGAUGGCUGACGACGAUGGCUCGAAUGGAGACAAGAAAAAGGAGAGUAAGUCUCCAGUAAAGGAGGUGAAGUGGGACGCAGAGGGGAUGACAUGGGAAGUGUACGGAGCCUCUGUGGACCCUGAAGAACUAGGCCUGGCCAUCCAGAGACAUCUGGAGCUGCAAAUCAGGGAGACGGCGAGCCGUGCAGCGAAGUUGUCGCGACAGAAUACCACCACGUCUCGGCACAGUGGAAACAUCAGCCAUCAGAAGAAAAGAAGCCGGAUUAUCAGCUCCUUUGGACCCUGCUGUACAGGCACCACCGCAGCUGGUGACUGAAUAGUUAUAGUCAUCAAUGGACAGUGCAGCACCCGAACACUGUGUUUAGUAGCCUUCAACGGUUGCUUAAUUCUUCAGCCUCAAAUAUUAUACAGAUACCGAAGGAAGUUCUUUUAGAUCAGUAAUUUGCAUGCAAAUGAGUGGGGAAAAAAAACAAACAAAAAUACACCUUAUUCGUAAAAGUUGAAAAUUCAGGGUUUUUUUGGAAAGUAUUUUCACAUAAGAUUCUAACUUACAGCAAACACACCCUAUCCGAAAUCAUCUGAUGAUAAAUCACUGCCAAUAAAAAUAUAUCGCUAUUAGCAUUAAUUCAAAAAAGGUCCAGCAGAAACAAACAACGCUAAACAGUUUUCAAGUGGUCAUUUAGUUUUACAGUUUCCAGUUGUUUUUAACCACAUUUUCUUCAUUGUUCUGGCGCAGUAAAGUACCGUCAUUUCCGGACUAGUGAAUAUAUAUAUAAGCCGCACCCACUAAAAUUAAAAUGAAAAAAAUAAUUGUAUAUAUGUAGGCCCCACUUCU